AACCUAUUAAAAUCAACUUUUUUUAAUUUUGAAACUUUACAGUGCAGGAAGGAGAGCAGUUGACUAAUUCCCAGAAGCAAACGACCAAAGUGAAUUCAAUCUUUGAAGUCAAAUUAACAGUUUAUUUAGUGAGACAUCUUCCAAAAAUCCCCCACAAUUAUGGCCGGGAAUUGGCUACCGCCGGCACAUCUCACCGGAAGUGGCCGGCCGGUAUUUCUACCAGGCGAAGUAGAAUGCAGUCUUCUCUCUUCCGUAGACCUCUAUUCUGAAGAAACCCCCAAUUUUCCUCACCUUAAAUCCGGCCUAAUAAUCCUCACAACUCACCGUCUUAUCUGGGUUCAAGAAUCCACUCCUUCCCCUACCGCCUUUUUCGUCCCUGUUUCAUCCAUUACCCACAUCUUCUCCCUCAAAAGAUCAAUUAAGUCGAUGUUCGCCAGCCCAAGAUUCCGGUUCCAGGCCUCAUUAGGCGAAAAGGGGGAAAAAGGGUUAGUGGUAAUCACGUUGAUUCUUAGGGGUAAAUCGGAUGUUGACUCCUUUGUGGAGAAGUUUUGGGAAGCUUGGAGAAACAAGGGCUGGUUAGAUGGGGUGAAAUCUGGUUCGGGGGGUGAGGGUGAGGGGUCUGGGUCGGGGGGUGAUGGAGGAUUCGCGGUGAGGAUGCCGGUUGUUGGAGUAGCUGGGAUAUUGAGGAAAGAGCAGGAAAUGUGGGAGAGUACUGAUAAGAGCUUGCAGGAUGCUUUUCAGGAUUUGAAUGCUCUUAUGAAUAAGGCUAAGGAAAUGGUGACUUUAGCAGAGAAAAUGAGAGCAAAGCUUCUCUCUGGCUCAACUAGUCAGGCUACUGGCACAAAUGAUGAGGAAAUUGGAACCAAAGAAGAAAUGCAAGAAUUGCUUUUAAGUGUUGGUAUUGUGUCUCCUGUUACUAAAGAAUCUGCUGGUGCGUUGUACCAUCAACAAUUGUCUCGGCAGUUGGCAGAUUUUGCAAAAAUUCCACUGGAGAGGGCUGGAGGAAUGAUUAAUCUCAUUGACAUCUAUUGCCUUUUCAACCGGGCUCGUGGAACAGAAUUGAUCUCACCUGACGAUUUGCUGCGUGCAUGUUCUCUUUGGGAGAAGUGUGAUGUACCAGUUAUGCUUCGGAAGUUUGACAGUGGUGUCAUGGUCAUCCAGAGCAAAAACCACAGUGAUGAUGAGGUAUUUACUAGAAUUAGAUCUAUGGUUACUACACCAGAUGCUUUACGAGCAGGGGUCACUGCUAGUGAUGCUGCAAUGACUCUGGGAAUUGCUCCAGCAAUGGCCAAAGAGCACCUUCUCUCAGCCGAGGGCAGAGGACUUCUAUGCAGAGAUGUUAGUCCAGAUGGAUUCCGCUUUUUCGUCAAUUUGUUGCAAGAAAUUGAUGCUGAUGAUAUCUUCUUAGUGAAAGAAUAUGGAAUCUAUCAUACAUGGGUCAAAGCUGUCUCUGUUGCCAGGUGAAAUAGAAGCGUGAUAAAUAACUUCAUGCAUCAGCGCGCUCUUUCAGGGCUAAUUUGUUGCUUUGAGUGCCUCAUGAAAAUUCAUUUACAUCAAAGCUUGAACGAGAGAAUAGAGAUAGGAUGAAUAAGGGGAAAAGACAAAGGCCCCUCCUGCUGCACCCAGUUGAAGAGCCUGAGAAGGUUCGUUUGCCUAGGUUUUGCCUGUUUGGGUACUCUAGGGAACAUGAGUCCAGGCAUUACAUGGCAAGGCAAUAUAUGGUGGAUCCCGAGUUAUGAUUUUAUAAGCACAACAACAGCCAUUUAAGUUGUUACAGACGCAGAGUUCAUUGUACCCAACUAGAUAUGUUUAAUUGCUUUCUCGGGUUUUCCCUUUAUUGUAUAAUGUCUACUCUAGGAUUUGCGUUGUAUUAAAAAGGAACAAAAUUUUCCA